CUCAAAACCCGGGAACGAACGAACCUCGUCUCGUCUCGUCCUGUCCCAUUCCCAUCCUUCAGGACCGACCUCAUCCCACCACCCAUCGCCGACAUCCUCGCCAUAGCAUGUCGCUUCCCUAACCAUGUUCUUCGCGUCGUCGCUUUUGAUGGCUUUGAGCCUCUUCGCCAUAUACAAUCCCACCGCUGCGGACCCUGGCAUCAGCAAGGAUCGGAUAAAAGUCUUCUUAUUUGCGUCUCCUGCUUUCUGGGGCGAGGUCGCCAUCGACGCGUAUAAAAACCAAUGUAUCGAUCUGGACAACAAUCUCAUCGAUGGAAGCGUGCAGUCGAUACUAAUAGGCGCGCAUGAUAUUCCCACAGUGAUGAAGCGAACCGAUGACUGGUACUGCAUGUUCUACGACAACUAUGACUGUACUGGCAACGAAGAAGACAUGCUGGUCUUUGCCGCCGGCGUCAACAACCUCCGAAGUGUGAGAUGGGAGACCAAGAUUCAUGCCCUGAAAUGCAUCAUCGAGAAUGACGACUACGACGACUGA